UGAGUAGAGGAGGCUAACAAUACAAUGAUUCAUAUUUUUCUUUGUAUUUUUCAUCUUUCCAGUGCAGCUAUGACUUCAAGAUGUAUUCCAAGAGGGAACUUUGAUCUGCCAGUUUUCAUGACUAGUGGAGACUUCACAAUAGGAGGAAUUUUUCCUUUACAUUACAGAGUAGAGCUUCCACCAACAGACUAUAUGAAGAAACCUUUAACAGCAAUGUGUCGAGGGUUUGAUCCAAUGGCUUUUCACUGGGCUCUCACAAUGGGACUGGCCGUAGAAGAGAUAAACAAUCGAAAAGACCUCUUACCAGAACACACUCUUGCCUAUAGAAUCUUUGACUCUUGUGCAACUCCUGUAAUGGCUCAGAAAGCAGUCCUGGCAGCGCUGAAUGGACAGGACGUUGUUCAAAGUUUCAUGUGCUCUGGAGCUAGCCCCUUAUUAGGAUUAAUUGGGGAGUCUGGAUCCUCACAAUCAAUUGUUGUCUCCAGAACUUUGGAGCCUUUCAGAAUACCAAUGGUAUUAUAUUUACCUAUGAUAAGCUAUUUCUCCACCUGCUCUUGUCUAAGUGAUCGAAAGCAGUUCCCGACAUUUUUCAGAGUGGUUCCAAGUGAUGACUACCAGGUCAAAGCGAUUGCACAGCUCCUAAAGAGAUUUGACUGGACAUGGAUUGGUGUUGUGACUGAAGACCAUGAUUAUGGCAGGUUUGCUUUACAAGGCUUAAAGCGAGAAAUUGAAAAUACAAAAAUUUGUUUGGCUUAUCAUGAAAUGAUUCCAAAAGACUAUACCCAGGAACGAGUCUUGAAGAUACUUAAAGUUAUGAAGGAAUCAACAGCCAAGGUGGUUGUUGUUUUUUCAGGGGAAGGGGAAUUUUACCCUUUUUUGACAGAGUUUGUGGCUCAGAAUAUUACAGGAAUUCAGUGGAUUGCAAGUGAGGCUUGGGUUACAGCAUCAAUGUUAGCAGAGACAUAUUCAUUUUUAGAUGGCACAAUUGGCUUUGCAAUCCGUCAAGGACACGUCCCAGGUCUUCAGGAUUACAUCAGGACCGUCACUCCAGAAAGGUACCCUUCUAUUCCUCAGGUUCAGGAACUGUGGGAGGCUUUGUAUGGUUGUUCUCCAUCCACAUCCACCUUGAGCAGUCAUUUACCCUCAUGCACAGGAAAAGAAAUUCUCAGAAAAGAAUACUCUGCCUACAUGAACACAUCCAGCCCUCGUGUGACCUACAAUGUUUACAAAGCGGUGUAUGCCUUUGCUCAUUCUCUUCAUAAUCUUAUUGAAUGUAGAAAUGGACAUGGGCCAUUUGAGAAUUUAUCAUGUGCGAACCUCAACAAUGUGUUUCCAUGGCAGCUUCAACAUUAUUUACAGGAAAUAUCCUUCUCUAUUUCUGGAGAGGAAGUUAAUUUUGAUAUCAAGGGAGAUGCAAUACCAUCUUAUGAUUUAAUAAACUGGCAAAGAAGUGCAAGUGGAGAUAUGCAGUUUAUUAAAGUGGGCCUCUAUGAUGGUGCUCAGCAUUCUGGCAAAGAACUAGUGAUUGAGAAGCAGGCUAUUGCAUGGUCUAACCAACAGACUAAGGCAAGGUACCUGUUUCUGUAUGCAGUAACGGCUGCACUCCAGGAUACAGGAAGGCUGUCCGACAUGGGCAGUCUCUGUGUUGUUUUGAUUGUGUUCCAUGUGACAUUGGCAAGAUCAGUAAUCAGACAGGUCAGAGCUCUGUGAUGCAUGUUUUCCUAUUGACAAAAA